AUGCAGGGUUCAGCGUCGGGCAUUGAUGGUCUGUUUGCGAAAGAUCUGCUGCUCUGUCCGCCGGCUGGCUUUGCUGGUUUUUUGAAUGUGAUUCUAGCGAUUGGCAAUCUCCCAACCCAACAUUGCUUUUGCAGAUCCGCCUUGAUCCCCAAGGUUCAGCGUCCUCAUCUUCCUUUGGAGUACAGCCCUAUAGCAGUCUCCAACAUUAUCCCUCGCUUACUAAACCGUAUUAAUGCUGACAGUUGGUCACGCCUCUGUCCUACCGCCCACUUCCAGUUUGGUUUCCAGGAGCGGGAUGGGACGGCAGAGGCGACGGCUUCACCUCAUGGAAUGUUACAGCAUGCGGUCUCUGCUCCAAGAUCCAUUGCUGUGGCCGUGUUAGAUGUUGCGAAGGCCUUUGAUUCCGUGAACCAUGACACGCGCUUGCGAGCCGCCGCCGUACACGCAGCGCCACCUCUACUUCUUAAUACCCUAACCUUCUCCUACUCCAGAACUACUACCUAUAUGCUUGGCACUGAGGUCCGAUGCCUGCCUGGUGUCCGCCAAGGAGACCCCCUCUCAUCCCUUCUCUUCUCCUGUGCACUUAGUAAAGCUAUUUCCCAUUCUCAUCGACAGCUUGGCCUCGAGUUGGAUGGAGUAACAGUGGACUGCAUUUCAUAUGCAGAUGAUCUCGUGCUUUUUGCCGAAUCGCCUCAUCGACUCUGUAGGUUGACGCACAUUUUCGAUUUUUUAAUCUAAACCUUCUUGUAUACCUAAACGUUUCUGUACCGUUGUUUAAACCAACUAGAAUUCACACACAUGGUUUCGACUUGUAAAAAAGCCCGACUUCUGUGUUCGUCGGUACUUAGUGUCAUUGUUUCGUUCAUUGCACUGAUUUGCGUCAAUCGCCUUUAGUCAAUCGACACGAAACUUUUAUAUGUUUUGGCCAUAUUUAACUGGACGUAAUUUCACCUGAGCGACAAGCCUCAUUCACUGACUUCGUCUCGUAUUUUACCCGGCACAUUCACCCUACGGCCAACGAUUGUGGAGAAGGCUUUAUUUGUCGUGAGUCUGUACAAUUAUUUACUUUUGUCGUUUUUCUUAUACUCAUUUUGCUAUCGCUAUUUUUUUUGUAAGAAAUGUAGUAUACCCCACUUAGAUCUAAGUUGUAGUGUAAACAGCAAUUAAACUACAAAUAAAAAUAAAUAUCUAACUCAAGUUAGAUAUUUAUCUUUAUUUGUAGUUUAAUUGCUGUUUGCACUACAACUCCUACAGAGAUUGGAUGGUCUGGCCAAUAGCCUCUCCCUUGCCGGUAUGGUCCUUAACUCGGCCAAGUGCAUCUCUUUCUACUUACAAGCGCUUGGAAAAGAAAAGAGUACAUGCCUCCAACCGUGCGAUGUUUCAAUCGGGGGGAUGGUGUUGCGCACGUUAGGGCCGACGGACACUUUGGAUUAUUUGGGGGUGCCCUUUUCCUACCGCGGAAAGGUGACAGUAGGCCGCCGUCCUGUCCUUCACAAAAUGCUGGAGGAGAUCACCGGACCACCUCUUAAGCCGCAGCAGCGACUUACACUUCUUAAGCGUCAUUGUUUGCCUAAGCUUUUGCACCAGUUGGUACUUGGAGCAGUGCAUCGCAACACUCUGAAACGAUUGGAUUUACAAGUACGACAGGCGGUACGGAAGUGGCUGAAGCUCCCGGCGGACACGCCAAUCUCUUUCUUGCACACUGCUAUUCGAGACGGGGUCCUUGGUGUCCCAUGCUUGGCAGUUCACGUUCCUUUUGUUAAGCGCCGACGACUGGAUUCAGUGCUCUCCCCAAAAGAGCCUGCAGUACGAGCAGCUGCCGCUGUCCCUUCUGCCUUCCCUGGUAUGCAGCUAGCACCUCAACCGGUGCGUCUGAGCCAAUCGGUCCUGGCAAGUAAAGAGGACGCAAGGAACUACUGGAGGACUUCUCUCUAUGCUUCCGCGGACGGUCGACCGCUCGCUCUCUUUGCUGAAUCUGCCAGUGCCAAUCAUUGGCUUUCCUCUCCGGACCGAGUCUUUCCAUGGCUCUUCUUGCGUGGCAUCUACCUUCGGGCGGGUGUUCUCUCUACCAAAUCCCGCAAAUCCCGGAGAACCGGCUCUGAGGAUAAAGGCUUUGGGGGCGAGGACAUCAGCUGCUGA